AUUCAUUUCACUUUCUUUUGCUGUGCUCUUUUGGCCGACUUGCUUGGUAGUACUUCGCCGUUCUCUCCUAUUUUCUUUCUGGUUAUUUACCUUGUAGCCAACCAGCUGGCAUAGACUCUGGCUUGCUGUGUGCAUUACUUGACGACUGUCUUCAACACUCGCUGGCGACUAGACUGACCUGUGUUCCGUUUGUUGACGUCCAUGCGACCAGUAAUUCAUCUCUUCGCGCUGGUCGCACUCUCCCUUCUCGUAUCAGGCCAUUCUCGCGCACACGGACCUGUUCUCACCCUCUCACACCCGCACAUCAACUCCCUUCAAAUCCUUCCUCGUACACCAGGCAUUAAGCUUGGUUCACGGCACCCCCGCUCCCUCCUCUCCACCGACAGCUUUCGACUCUCGUUAGACCAUGAAGGGGAGACGUUCAACCUUCAUUUGACCCCGACAGAGUACUUGGUGCACCCGGCGGCGAGGGUAGAGUACUAUGACAUCUCUCCCGUAACGGGGUUUGCAGAGCUGAAAGAGACGGGUCCGUUGACCGCACAGGACGUGCUGGCCUUCUCGGGGCACGUCCUCAGCCCUACACACACCGCACAGCGAUUCAGGGAAGACGCUGCGGGUGGUCUUUCUUCCUCGAGUACGCCUACUCUCGGAUGGGCGCGAAUCCUUGUUCAUCCCUUCGAUCCUCUCUCCGGCGAGGGACCGCUUUUUGAAGGCAGUUUCCAGACUGACGGUGUGGUGCGACAUGUGAUGUUGCGAGAAAAAUACGACCGUCUGCGAAACGAAGGAGAUGCGAUCCCUGCUCCCGCCUCAGCAGGGGCGGAAUCGAGGCUGGUCGUCUUCCGCGACUCGGACAUCCUGCCAUCACCAAACGCAGCAACUGGGGGCCAUACAUGCGCGCACGACCACCUUCCCGCGAACUACUUUUUGGAAAACCCGCUCCUCCGUUCCCAUACCCUAGCGAUGCCAAGCUCGAGCAGCGGUCACCCGAUGUGGGAGGAUAUGUUGGAUGAGAUGGGAUUAAAACAUUGGAAGAGGGACGAUAUUCAGGGCAUGGGUGGGAUGAACAUCAGUUCCAACUUUGCGAAUGAGAUUGGCGACACUUCCGGUUGCCCUAAAGAGCAGAAGAUCGUUUACCUUGGAGUAGCGGCAGACUGUACCUAUGUACAGAAAUACGGCUCGCAAACGAAUGCCACCACCCAGAUCCUAAACGACUUAAACCAAGCUUCAGCCUUGUACAAGCAGACAUUCAACAUCUCCCUCGGUAUUGUCAGUCUCUCCGUCCAGAGCCCCGUGUGCCCGAACACAACCGACCCCGCCUUUCCUUGGAACGUACCUUGCAGCAACAGUGUGGUGCUGAACGAUCGGCUGAACCUGAUUUCUGCGUGGAGGGGCGCCAAGGGUGCGGGUGAUGGCGCUGGACUGUGGCAUCUCAUGAGCGGCUGCCCGACGGGCGAAGAGGUCGGCGUCGCCUGGCUUGGUGUUUUGUGCCAGACAAACGCGCAAACCCAGGGAUCACAGACCGUUUCGGGUGUUGGGGUCACUACGCCUACGAUGAUGGAAUGGCAGGUUGUCAGUCAUGAAAUCGGUCAUAACUUUGGUUCUAUUCAUGAUUGCACUUCCGGAUGCGCUCUUAAUCAGGGCUGCUGUCCGUUUACGACCUCGUUGUGCGACGCAAACGCAGAGUUUAUCAUGAACCCAGUAUCGAUGCCGAACCAAACGGCCUUCUCCAAGUGCACGGUGGGAAACAUCUGCUCCCUCAUGGCAAACGAGAACACUACCUGUUUAGUCACCCCUUCCGCCUCGGUUCAUACAAUUUCACUCCAAAUGUGCGGAAAUGGCAUCGUUGAGCCUGGGGAAGAGUGCGAUCCCGGCCUGGACGGGAGCUCAACCUGCUGCGACCCACAGACGUGCAAGUUUCAAUCAGGCGCCGUCUGUGACCCGAGCAAUAGCCCGUGCUGUUCCAGCACCUGCCAGUUCUCCCCGAGUACGCAAGUGUGCAGGCCGGCUGUCAACUCUCAGUGUGACACGCCAGAGAUGUGCACUGGUAACUCCGGGGCUUGUCCACCGGAUGUAACCACCCCAGAUAGGACGAGCUGCGGCCUAAGUGGUAUGGCCUGUGCCAGUGGGCUGUGCACAUCGCUCACAGCCCAAUGUCAGUCUGUGGGCGCUUCGCUCAACCUGAGCACGGCCUGUCCUCAAGUCCAAACAUCAUGUUCCGUCUCCUGCCAAGAUCCGACAAACGCCAAUCAAUGUAUAAUCCUCCAAUCUCAGUUAAUCGCCGGCUCCCCCUGCGGCUACGGCGGCAAGUGCUACAACAAUGCUUGUCAGCCUGGGUCCAUCAGCGCCAUCAUCUCGGCAUGGUAUCGCGCCAAUCUGCAGAUCGCAAUCCCUGUCACGGUGGUCGUUGGGAUUCUUAUCCUCCUCGUUCUAAUAGGGAUCAUCACAUGGAUACGCAGGUGCUGUGUCCGCAACUCCUCCCGGAAGAUCCCGCCAUCAAGACAGUACAUGGCCCAAGUGGGUAACGGAUACGGUACAUAUCCUGGAUACGUGCCUCCACCGGGGAUGCCGCCUGGCCCCAUGGCUCCGGCAGCAGCAAUGACGAGCUCGAGAAGGGCCAGAUAUGAGGAGAGUGAUUCUGUAUCGACCGCAACUUACCGCCCACCCUCUGCCAAGGAUCAGAAUCACUCGCGGUUCGGGAGCAGCGGGGAGAGCGUGGUGCCUUUACGCCCUGCUGGAUACUGAUUUUUUUCCUGAAGGAUGGUCUAUUUAUUUGUUCAACAAUAUCCUGUGCUGGAUAUAUCCUGGUCAAUUUAUUCCCAAUGUAUAAUAAUCU